CUUUCCAUAUAUGUGUUAAGAGUUAUCCUAAUUAAAAAUUUCUUACCAUACAUGAAAUUUGACUAAAUCACCUCAUAUUUAUCCUAAUAAACCCUUGAUCAGAAAAUAUAAUUUUCUCACCUUUUCAGUUUUCUUUUUUUUUUAUUUGAUUCCCUUCAUUAUCUUCAAUGGGAAAAUACAGUGGCACAAAGAACAGUGUUAUCUUCUUCGCCGGAGCUCUCACGUCUCUUACUCUCAUCUGGUCUUACUUCUUAUUUUUUUCACCUUCCUCCAAUUUCACCAUUACCGGUUUACUUCACGACAAAGAACCGGUUAAAAAAUGUUCCGGUUUAAACAUGCAAUUCGACCCGCCGGAGCCCGGUUUGUACGACGAUCCAGAUCUAAGCUAUUCCAUCGAUAAAUCAAUCACAAACUGGGACGAGAAACGGCACCAAUGGCUUGAAUCACACCCGUCGUUCAAACCCGGUUUAGAAAACCGUAUCGUUAUGGUAACCGGUUCGCAAUCCUCGCCGUGUAAAAACCCAAUCGGAGACCAUUUGCUUCUCCGGUGCUUCAAAAACAAAGUCGAUUACGCUCGAAUCCAUGGCCACGACAUCUUCUACAGCAACGCUUUGCUUCAUCCGAAGAUGAAUUCGUACUGGGCGAAACUUCCGGUGGUAAAAGCGGCGAUGCUUGCUCACCCUGAGGCGGAGUGGAUUUGGUGGGUUGAUUCCGACGCUAUUUUCACUGACAUGGAAUUCAAACCGCCGCUUCACCGUUACCGUCAACAUAACCUCGUCGUUCACGGCUGGCCUAAUAUAAUCUACGAUACACAGAGUUGGACGGCGUUAAACGCCGGCGUUUUCUUAAUCAGAAAUUGUCAAUGGUCAAUGGAGUUCAUUGACACGUGGAAGAGUAUGGGACCGGUGAGCCCGGAUUACAAAAAGUGGGGACCGAUCCAACGGUCUAUAUUCAAAGAUAAGUUGUUUCCCGAGUCAGAUGAUCAGACGGCUCUGAUUUAUUUACUGUAUAAACACAAAGAGUUGUAUUAUCCUAAGAUAUACCUCGAAGCAGAGUAUUAUUUCCAAGGGUACUGGAUUGGUGUAGUCGGAGGUUUCGCUAACGUGACGGAACGGUAUCUUGAGAUGGAACGACAAGACGACACGUUGCGUAGACGUCACGCUGAGAAAGUGAGCGAGCGAUACGGUGCGUUUAGAGAGGAGCGGUUUUUGAAAGGCGAGUUUGGUGGAAGAGGUAGUCGCAGACGCGCGUUUGUAACGCAUUUCACGGGAUGUCAACCUUGUAGUGGAGACCAUAAUCCGAUUUAUCAUGGUGACACGUGUUGGAAUGAGAUGAUCAGAGCCCUUAAUUUUGCUGAUAAUCAGGUGAUGCGCGUCUAUGGUUACGUUCAUUCUGAUUUGAGUAAGACUUCUCCCCUUCAACCUCUGCCGUUCGAUUAUCCUAAUGAUCCUUGGUAAUUUUUUUCUUAUUACAGUAUGUUGACAUAAUAUACUUACAGUUAUGAACCAUCAUCACAUCCAUGCUUCUUCAUAAUUAUUGAUUUGGUGAUGUACAUAUCUAGAUUCUAGAUAUUGGUUAUAAUAUCACAAUCAUAUGAAUAUAGUAUUACAUUUUUUAUUUAUAAUGCCAACUAUAACUAUAA